AUGAACAGCACAUGUAUUGAAGAACAGCAUGACUUGGAUCACUAUUUGUUUCCAGUUGUUUACAUCUUUGUGGUAAUAGUCAGCAUUCCAGCCAACAUCGGUUCUCUAUGUGUGUCUUUUCUGCAAGCAAAGAAGGAAAAUGAAUUAGGCAUUUACCUCUUCAGUUUAUCAUUAUCGGAUCUGCUGUAUGCCUUAACUCUCCCUCUAUGGAUUGAUUAUACUUGGAAUAAAGACAACUGGACACUCUCUCCUGCCCUGUGCAAAUGGAGUGCCUUCUUCAUGUACAUGAACUUUUACAGUAGCACAGCUUUCCUCACCUGCAUCGCAAUUGAUCGGUAUUUAGCAGUUGUCUACCCUUUGAAGUUUUAUUUUCUAAGGUCAAGAAGAUGUGCAUUCAUGGUGAGCCUUUUCAUCUGGAUAUUAGAAACCAUCUUCAAUGCUGUCAUUUUGUGGGAAGAUGAAACAGCUGUUGAAUAUUGUGAUGCCACAAAGUCUAACUUUACUUUAUGCUAUGACAAAUAUCCUUUGGAGAAAUGGCAAAUCAGGUUUAACUUUGCUAGGACGUGUGUAGGCUAUAUGCUACCUUUGGUCAUCAUAAUGGCUUGCAACCAGAAAGUCUACAAAGCUGUGCAGCAAAAUCAAGCUACAGAAGACAGUGAAAAGAAGAGAAUCAUAAAACUACUUUUUAGUAUCACGUUGACUUUUAUCUUGUGUUUUACUCCCUUUCAUGUGAUGUUGCUGAUUCGCAGCAUUUUAGAGCAUGAUGUGAACUUAGAUGAAGGUAUGUUUGACCAUAACAAGCCUGGGAAGCAGAGUUAUAAAAUCUAUAGAAUCACAGUUGCAUUAACAAGUUUAAACUGUGUUGCUGAUCCAAUUCUGUACUGUUUUGUAACUGAAACAGGAAGAUCGGAUAUAUGGAACAUAUUCAGAGUCUUUACUAAGAAGCUUAAUAAAUCAAAAAGACAAGAAAAAAGCAUACUUUCUAUGUCUACAAAAGAUACUGUGGAAUUAGACAUACUGGAAUAG